UGCCCGGCCCGCGCGGCUCUCUGCCCCCAGCCCGUGACGCGGCGCGCCGGCCGAGACAAAAGACCGCGGCCGGGGCCGCCUGGGGCCAUGCGAUCCCGAGCCGGCCGCCCCCUGCCCCGGUGCAGCCCGCGCGCCCGCCCCGGCCGCCGCGCGCCCGCCCCGGCCCUGCCCGCAGCCGGGUGGGCGCUGCGAGGCUGAGGGCGGACCCCCGGGCUGAGUGGCGGGAGCUGCAGCCGCCCCGCCCCCAGGCGCGGACCCCUUACUGCCCCAGGAGCCCGGCCGGGGGCUCGGAACCUUCCCGAGGCGCGGCGUUGGAGGCCGAGCGCAGCGCCGCGGGAGAGCAGAGGAAGCCCCGCGGGGGCCUCGGAGUUUCCCUCAAUCUGUACUGAAGUCACGGCAGUGAACACUGUCCUGGAAGCAGACAACAUCCAAACCACAAGCCGGCCAGCACUCGGGCGGGAGCCACACGGGGGCUGCCGAGGAACUGUGCGGCAGCGUGUGAGCCGGACCGCCGCGGCCACAUUUCAUCGCUGCCAUCAUAUUGGCUUCUGAACAAUCAGGAUAUGACGGCCCGUGGGAAAGCCUGAAUGAGAACCCUUCGUAACAGUUUUGCUGAUCCGAGUGAAGAACGGACUGGAAGACCGCGACGGCAGGAGCCUGUGACGUCCGAAGUCAUGGAGACCAACCAGGACACCUCCCUCUUCCUGAUGAAGAUCUUGGAGGAGCUGGACAGCAAGCAAAACACCGUUUCCUACCAGGAUCUGUGCAAGUCCCUGUGCGCCCGCUUUGACCUCUCCCAGCUCGCCAAGCUGAGAAGCGUGCUCUUCUAUACCGCUUGCCUCGACCCCAACUUCCCGGCCACGCUGUUCAAAGACAAGAUGAAAUGUACCGUGAACAACCAGCAGUCCAAGAAGAUCAUGGUGGCCGCGGACAUCGUGACCAUAUUCAACCUGAUCCAAAUGAACGGGGGCGUCGCCAAGGAGAAGCUGCCCACCGGCCGGCAGAAGGUGCGCAAGAAGGAGGCGUCCUUCGAGUCGUGCCGCUCUGACACGGAGGUCUGCACUGCCGCCGCGUGUGAGCCGGUCGGCUGUGAGCUGAGCGAGAGGCCCUUCCACCGGGGCUACCCUGCCCGGCAGUCCUCCCAGGGCCGGAAGGCUGACCGCCAGGACUGCCCGCAGUUCGUGCCCACCUCGGAGCCCAACUUCCUGCUGGGCGUGAGCAGAGAGCUGAAGGGCCGGGCGGCCUCCCUAGACCGGCUGCAGACCCUCGCCCCACCCUACUCGGUGGCCAGCCCCCAGCCCUGCGAGAUGCAGAGAACCUACUUCCCCAUGAACAUCGAGAACGAGUCCAUUUCGGACCAGGACUCCCUGCCCGUCAGCCAGGGCAUCAAGGAAACCUUCAUUUCCAGCGAAGAGCCGUUCAUGGUGCCGUCUUGUGUCCAGAAAAGGAACAUCUUUAAAGAGGAUUUCCAUAAUCUGAUGACCGUGUCCCCCACGUUGGUUGGCCCCGCUAAUAAGGCGGAGGCCCAGCACGGGGAGCCCCAGGGCCGGAAGGAGCCCCACAAGACUGCCUUCUUCAACCACAGCUUCGAGGUGCCCUACAGCAGCCAGUACCUGAAUCCCAUGUACUCCCCUGUGCCCGACAAAAGGCGCGCAAAGCACGAGAGCUUGGACGACCUUCAAGCCUCCACGUACUUCGGACCCACGCCGGUGAUGGGGAUGCAGGAUGUCAGGCGCUGUGCCGGGAGGCCGGGCAAGCAGAUCCCCUGGCCGGCCAAAAGCUGGAGCCUGAACACCGAGGAAGUCCCUGACUUUGAACGGUCCUUUUUUAACAGAAACCCCUCUGAGGAGAAGCUGCGCUACCCUAAUCCCAGCAGCCAGAGCCCCGGUUUCCCUACCCCAGACAGGUGCCCCACUUACCUGGUGCCGAAGGACCAACAGCCCAUCCUGCCCGUUGGCUACAUGGCGAAACCGAAUGCGCUCAGGUCUAAAGAGCUCUCGUCCCCGGUUGAGCUGGAGAAGCACGAGUCGGUCAAGAAGUUCAAAGACAAGAGCACCGGCUGCACCAGCGGGCAGCUCAGCUCGGACACCAGCAGCGUGGGCACCCAGACGGAGCAGCACGUGCUGGAGGCCAAGAAACGCAAAGACCUGUGCGCCUCGGGGCAGACCACAUACGGCGACAGGCACGCCACCAAGCAGUCCGACGACGACUCGGAAAUCAUCAGCGACGACAUCAGCGACAUCUUUCGGUUUCUGGAUGACAUGAGCGUCAGCGGCUCCACGGGCGUGAUGCCGUCUUCCUGCUACAACAGCACGGGGUCCCUGUCUCAGCUUCACAAGUCCGACGGCGACAGUUCCCCCGAGCACAACCUAACCAAAACUGCCAAUGGGCUUCCCGGCAGCAAAGGAGAAAAGGGCAACCGGCCUAACAACAGCCACCCCUCGGACGAGGAGCUGAAAACCAGCGUGUGCAGACUGGUGCUCCGCAUCGGUGAGAUUGAGCGGAAGCUCGAGUCACUGUCGGGGGUCCGCGAGGAAAUCUCCCAGGUCCUGGGCAAGCUAAACAAGCUGGAUCAGAAAAUGCAACAGCCUGAGAAGGUGAGUGUGCAGAUCGACCUGAAUUCCUUGACAAGCGAGGCUCCGUCGGACGACAGUGCCUCUCCGCGCAUGUUCCGCGCGCCCGGCGGCCCCCGGGGACCCAAGCUGGAGAACGCGGCUGACUGGUACUGCUCGGACGCCAGCGGCAGCAACAGCGAGAGCCUUCGCGUCAAGGCCUUAAAGAAGAACCUCUUCACCCGGCCGUCCUCCAGGUCCCUGACGGAGGAGAACAGCGCUACGGAAUCCAAAAUCGCCAGCACCUCCAACUCACCCAGAGACUGGCGCACCAUCACCCACGCCAGCCGCGGGGGCCUCGGGGAGGAGGGCAGCAAGGACAGAGGCCCCGGGGAGAGCAAGGACUGGCACCGCAAGGCCAAAGAGGCGGACAGACAGUACGACAUCCCCCCCCAGCACCGACUGCCCAAGCAGCCCAAAGACAGCUUCCUGGUGGCGCAGGUGUUCAGCCCGCGUCCCCACCCCGCCUCCCUCAAAGCCCACCUGAAGAGCAACCCCCUGUACACGGACAUGCGGCUGACUCAGCUGGCCGAGGUGAAGCGGGGCCAGCCCUCCUGGACCAUCGAGGAGUACACGAGGAACGCGGGCGACAAGGGCAAGCUGACCGCCCUGGACCUGCAGACACAAGAAUCUUUAAACCCAAACAACCUGGAGUACUGGAUGGAAGACAUUUACACGCCCGGCUACGACUCCCUGCUCAAGCGCAAGGAGGCCGAGUUCAGACGGGCCAAGGUCUGCAAGAUCGCCGCCCUGGUCGCGGCCGCCGCCUGCACCGUCAUCCUCGUCAUCGUCGUGCCCAUCUGCACCAUGAAGUCCUGAGCGCAGGGCCGCUGGCGGCGCACAGCCCGCGACGGCCGGCGGCACCCCCGGUGGCGGGAGGGCUCGGGGCCGGUGCGGCCACGGCUUGCCGGUCUCUGCCAGGGCGAGCAGGGUCUGGGACGGGUGCAUUCUCCGGAGACACCCGCCUCCUGUUGGCUUUGACUCGGUGACGUGCGGAUGCUUUUGGGAGCCGUGCGAUGUCUUCUCCUACCGAAAGAACGCUCUGCGCCACCGGUGGACACAAACUGAAUUCCAAGCAAAAAACAGAACAGAACAGAACAGAACAGAUGAUAGUUGAGGGGGGUGGGUUACAGGAAAGCUAUUUAAUACCUGCCCGCGGGGGAGGCUACGGGAGAUCACGAGUCGAGAAGGAAGACAGUUCUGUUUUCCGUCGCGUCCAGUCUACGGCAGGUGCAGUCAUGGGGGUCGUGGCCGCGGAGGAGGUUUCUUCUCUGCUGACUUUCAUCAAGGGCUACUGACUUUCCAUUCUCGCCCUUCGGUCGUCAUUACGAUCUUCACGGAACAUUCCGGACCGUCCUCCUUGUGCUCAGUGCAGGGAGGAGCUGGACUGCCUUGACCAGGCAUGGCCCGGAGUGCGCUGCCUCUGCCUGAGAGGCUGCGGUGCUCAGGCCGGGAGACCUUCCUGUCCCCGCCCAAGGCCUGGGGGAGCCGCUCGCCCCCGGCGUAAGGCCAGGCUUUGAGAGUCCCAGGCCACCCCCCACCCCCAGAAGGGCCUCCCAUGCCUGCUUUGGCUCCGCUCCCUGGUCUUCUGUCUCCUGGAAGAGCUUGGAACGUUUCUUUGUGCCUUGAAGAGCAGAGAGGCUGGCUGGACUCGCCCAUUUUAACCAUAAGCUGUGGCUUCCGUGUGCCCCAAUCCCAGCCAUUACCGGGGGCUUUCACAGGAUCUGGCAGGUUCGCCAAUCAUACGACAAAGGUACCCGGGUGUUCUCACGCACCACGACCCCAACUCGUGUUCUUGUCAGCAGUGCAAAAAAAAAAAAAAAAAAAA